ACAAUCUAUCUCAUCAAAAUCAGGCAGUUUAGUCCUAUAAGAAGACAUCUCUGGUGAGGGGUCGUAUCGAGGUGAACAAGUUGAGGAUUGACAUUGAGCUAUAACAUGCAUGCGCUCUAUGAUAAUUGGAACACACACAGUGUGAGAGAGUGAGAGAGUGUUCGACAUAUUUCACCGAAUCAAUGGGCAGUCUUCCCAAAUUGAAGAGCUGAAGCGUGUUUUGAAAAUCCAACAUGGAUGACGGAGGCCUUGACGAAGUGGACGCUACCUGCUGGACCAACGCUCCUGUAGCAACGCCAUCAUCCCCGAGUCACAACGUGCAAGCCGCCAAAACCUCAUCAAAGGGUUUCGGUGACAUUACUUCCGGUCCAGUCCAGUACAAGCUGAACCGUCAAGAGCGAGGCUUGGCACUGAUAAUAUGCAACCAGAACUUCAGCACAAUCAGCAGCCGUAACGGAGCCGAGGUGGAUGCCAAGAGAAUGACAGAUACACUUGUCAGCCGCGGCUUUGACGUCGACAAAGUCGAAGACGUUACGGCGGACACGCUGCAGGCAUGCCUCAUGUCGAAAGCCGCAUCGGACCACAGCAAGCGUGACUGUUUCAUCUGUGUCAUCAUGACGCACGGCUCUGAGGACCACGUGACGUGCACGGACGGGCGAACAGUUCACAUGAAGACUCUUAUCUCGUAUUUCGCCGGCGGACGUUGUCCGACACUGAUUGGGAAACCGAAGAUAUUCAUCAUCAAUGCCUGUCAGGGCGAUCAGGUGGACGAGGGACAGGAUGUCGCUGAUGCUGCAGUCUUCUAUGACCGUGAGGAUGAUGAAGAUGACGACAACGAGAGUGAUGAAGGUCUUUUCCAGAACCUGCCCUACGAGGUGGACUUCCUGUACAUACACUCUACAGUGCAUGGUUACUUCAGCUACCGGAAUGUAAAGAGCGGGUCCUGUUUCAUCCAUACCUUGUGUGACGUCAUGGAGGAAUAUGGCGGACAACUUGAGAUCUGCAAACUCCUGACGCUGGUAAACAGACGGUUGGCGGUUAAUUUCAAGUCGAAUGCCAGACAGCAGGAAUUUGAUUCCAAGAAACAGUGCUCUUGUUUCUUAUCCUUGUUGACGAAACAGUUGUAUCUGUGACGACAUUCUAUCUGUGCCCACAGUAAGAUGGACUUUGUUAAUUCGUAAGGUGGCGCUGCAGCUGUCUAGAUUGAAUUCCAUGUAUGACUGUCUCAAUCAGAGAUGUAACGAUUAACCGAUUUAUCGGUGGAUGGCCGCUGUCCAUGGACAUCGAUAUCAAUAAACUGUCGCUGGACAUAAACAUAAUCAUCCAACAAAAUAAUGUUAAUCAUUUACUUUUUCAUCUCUAUUAUUUUCAACAGGCAAUAAUCGAAUAUACCGUCCUUGCUUCUUUACAACUUGUCAAACCAGCUGCUGAAAUCACUAGGCUGGCGUCAAGGCCCAACCUUCAUGCCCUCUACUGCUAGGAGUGAGAGAGUGAGUUUGGUUUUACGCCGCUUUUAGCAAUAUUCACGGCGGGGGACACCAGAAAUGGGCUUCACACAUAGUACCCAUGUCGGGAAUCGAACCCGGGCCUUCAGCGUGACGAGCGAACCCUUUAACCACGAGGCUGCCCCACAGUGCAAGGAGUCUAAAUUGAAGGCGUUAUAGGUGCCUCUCAGAUGUUGCAAUACUCGUAAGAAAUUUGUAUCUAUUUGAAAAUCGUGUUAAAUCUGUCGCAGUAUGAUUGAGGUGAGCUGAAUGGAGUUCAACGUUACGUUCAAGAUUACUGCACUUGUACAGCGACGUUCAAGCGAGUGUGUGUGUGUGUGUGUGUGUGUGUGUGUGUGUGUGUGUGUACUUGUCCGGACUAAUGCCGGUUUUAUUGCUCUAUCCACUAGACCACUGAGGCGGACUAUUACCUUGUCUAUUCUCGCUUUAAGACGUAGCAAGGAAACGAAUGGAAAGUUGUUGUGGUACUGCUGCUGUAGUCAGUGAGUGAGUGAGUAUCGUUUUACGCCGCUUUUAGCAAUAUUCCAGCAAUAUCACGGCGGGGACACCAGAAAUGGGUUUCAUACAUUGUACCCAUGUGGGGAAUCGAACCCGGGCCUUCAGCGCGACGAGCGGACGCUUUAACCACUAGGCUACCCGACCGCCCUAUUACUGCUAUAGACCAUCGAGCCCUCAUUUCAAGCUUUGCUUAAUCCCAACAUGAUAAUCCAAUAAUUAAUUCACCCUGGCCUUAUUGCUUAUGAUAUUACUUAUACACGAGUGCUUUCUCUCAUUCACGUAUACAUAUUUGUUUAAUAUACAAGUAAAUAUGUUGUCCUAUUUGACAAGAACAUGUAUAAACAUUGAAUAAAGUGUAUUAACGUUA